GUUGUUCAGGCAAUAACACCAGAAUAAAAAUGAUGAAAACACCUGAAGAUUCAUCUCAUGAAGAAGAAGAUUUGGGUAGUAAUAUUGAAGAAAGAACAUUAAGUAAAAACAUGAAAGUUCAAACUGGAAGUGGACCUUACAAAUGUAUAAUUUGUUUAAAACAAUUUACUGAAGCAUGUACCCUGAAAUCACAUAUGGUGACUCACACUGGAGAAAAGCCUUAUAAGUGUGAUACUUGUUUGAAACAAUUUAUUGCACCAAGUGCUCUGAAAUCCCAUAUGGUGACUCACACUGGAGAAAAGCCUUACAAGUGCGAGAUUUGUCUUAAGCGAUUUACUCAAGCCAGUUCUUUGAAACUACAUAUGAGGACUCACACUGGAGAAAAGUCUUACAAAUGUAAAAUUUGUUUUAAGCAAUUUGCUCUAGCCGGUAAUUUAAAAUCACAUGUGAUGACUCACAUAGGAGAAAACCCGUACAAGUGUGAUAUUUGUUUUAAGCAGUUUACUAAAACCAAUAAUUUGAAAUCGCAUAUGAUGACUCACACUGGAGAAAAGCCUUACAAGUGCGAGAUUUGUUUUAAGCAGUUAACUCACGCCAGUCAUUUGAAACUACAUAUGAUGACUCACACUGGAGAAAAGCCUUAUAAGUGUGAUAUUUGUUUUAAGCAGCUUACUCAAGCCGGUUCUUUGAAGUCACACAUGAUGACUCACAGUGGAGAAAAGCCUUACAAGUGCGAGAUUUGUUUUAAGCUGUCAACUCGCGCCAAUCAUUUGAAACUACAUAUGAUGACUCACACUGGAGAAAAGCCUUAUAAGUGUGAUAUUUGUUUUAAGCAGUUUACUCAAGCCGGUCCUUUGAAAUCACACAUGAUGACUCACACUGGAGAAAAACCUUAUAAGUGUGAUAUAUGUCUUAAGCAGUUUAUUCAAGCCGGUCAUUUAAAAUCACACAUGAUGAGUCACACUGGAGAAAAGCCUUAUAAGUGUGAUAUUUGUUUGAAGCAGUUUAGUGCGGCAAGUACUUUGAAAAGACACUUGAGAAUACACACUGUAGAAAAGCCUUACAAGUGCAAAAUCUGUUUUAAGCAGCUUAAUAGUAGAGAAGUAGCAGCCAUUCUGGCUCUGAUUCCAAAUUCCCUUAAUCUGUUUAUAACCAAAUUAGCACUUUACCAACCGAACUCUACGAGCCAUGGGCUAUGGAAAGCUCAUUUUGAAGUUGUCUAGCUGUAAUAUAAUGUGUACGCAAAGUCUUCAGAUGUAAAUAUCGUUCAUCUCCUGGGUUCGUGAAUCUGGGAAGUCCUGGAACUGGUCUUCUUGUGUAUCCUCCACCUUCUCUAUACCUUCUUAAAGCACUUAAAACACUGGAUUGGUGGAUUCCCGUAGAUAUCGCGGCGACCGUCCAUCUCAAAUUAAAGCUACAAUUUGGACUGCUUGUUUUGACGUUAUAUUACUCAUUUUUUGUAAAAGACCGCACUUCCUCAUUGAAAACUCAAGCAGACAUAGUGCACAGAUCAAAUUCUCGAACACAACUGUACAAAAUAAAUAUUCUUUAACAACG